AUGACCAUCCUUCUUGGUGUCAUCUCUCCUUCCCCAGUUACAUGCCUCUCCUCAGAGGUGACACAUACUCACGAGCUUCUGCCCCUUAUACAUGCCUGCCUCUUCCGCUCUGUGGUAGUCGGUCAGAUUGUGAUCUGCAUUUGCAUGUUGCGGAUGUACAAAUACACUUCAAACCGUUUCAAGACCCGUGCAGAGCAAGAGGUGAAGAAAGCAGAGCACAUGGCGAGGAUAGCGGAGGAGAAGGCUCGUGAGGCAGAGAGUAAAGCCCGUGCCCUUGAGCUGCGCCUGGGAGGGGAUCUCACACGGGAGUCCAGGGUGACACUACGACAAGUCCAAAACUCUGCAAUAACUAUGCGCCGGGAGGCUGAUGUCAAGAAAAGGAUCAAGGAUGCAAAGCAGCGUGCUCUGAAGGAGCCCAAAGAACUGAAUUUUAUCUUUGGUGUGAAUAUUGAGCAGCGCGAACUGGAUGGCAUGUUCAUUUAUAACUGCAGUCGGCUGAUAAAGAUGUAUGAGAAGGUGGGCCCGCAGCUGGAGGGCGGCAUGGCUUGUGGUGGAGUGGUAGGGGUGGUGGAUGUGCCCUAUUUGGUUCUGGAGCCAACCCAUAAUAAACAAGACUUUGCUGAUGCCAAAGAGUAUCGACACUUGCUGAAGGCCAUGGGAGACCAUCUGGCUCAGUAUUGGAAGGAUGUUGCUAUAGCCCAGAGAGGUAUCAUCAAGUUCUGGGAUGAAUUUGGUUAUUUGUCAGCAAACUGGAACCAGCCUCCAUCGAGUGAACUGCGCUACAAACGCCGGAGAGCCAUGGAGAUCCCUACCACGAUUCAGUGCGAUGUGUGUCUGAAAUGGCGGACUCUCCCGUUCCAGCUGAGUUCAGUGGAGAAGAAUUACCCUGAUAGCUGGGUGUGCUCAAUGAACCCCGAUCCUGAACAGGACAGAUGUGAAGCUGCGGAGCAGAAGCAGAAGGUACCACUGGGAACUCUGAAGAAAGACUUGAAAUCACAGGAGGAAAAGCAGAAGCAACUGACAGAGAAAAUCCGCCAACAGCAGGAAAAGCUCGAAGCUCUGCAGAAAACCACUCCAAUUCGAUCUCAAGCUGACUUAAAGAAACUGCCUCUGGAAGUGACCACACGGCCUGCAGGGGAGAACACCCAGUCACAGACCCGACCUCAGCGCCCGCGAUCUCCUCCUUUGCCUGAUGUAAUCAAGAACGCUCCCAGCAGACCACCACCACCUGCUCCGCUUCCCAAGUCCACCAGUCAGCUGAAAAAGAGCUCUUCAGCUUGGCCAAAUAUCAGCGCUCCCAAACUGGCAAACAUGCUCUCCAAGGAGGAGGCCGGCACUUCCAGGACACACCAGCCCACUGUGACAGCUGGAAAGUCUAACAGCACUUUAAAAACUCUUGCCAAACCGGGUACCACAACAAAGCCACCUUCAGCUGUCCUGCAGAACCCCAAAAGCUCACGUGAGACACCCAGUCCAAAAGCUGCCAAGGUGGCAGCGCUAAAGAAAUCUGCUACUGUCAAAUCCCCACAGGCCUCCAGCACUCGGAAGAGGACCUUGAACACCACAGAGGAUGGGUCUGAGGAGGAGGAGGAGGAGGAGCACAAGAAGGAGAAGACAAAACGGGGUAAAUUUGUGGCAGUGAAAGAAGAGAAGAAGGACUCCAGUGAGGUGGUGGUAGAGCUCACAGACAGUGCUGGGGAAGAAGAGCUGGCAGAACUGAAGAAAGCUCAGAAAGAUAAAGGGCUGCAUGUGGAAGUGCGUGUGAACAAGGAGUGGUUCACAGGCCGUGUCACAGCUGUGGAAAUGGGCAAGCGUGUGGUACGCUGGAAGGUGAAGUUUGAUUAUGUUCCUACAGACACCACACCAAGGGAUCGCUGGGUAGAGAAGGGCAGUGAGGAUGUGAGGUUGAUGAAGCCUCCUUCUCCAGAAUACCAGACUCCAGACACGCAGCAGGAAGGGGAGGUUGUUGUGGCUGAACCUUCUACCUCAGACUGUGUCAGAAUUGAGCCAGACACUACUGGUCCCAGCAGCAGCCAAGAAACAGUAGACUUACUAGUCCAGAUCCUCCGGAAUUGUUUGCGGUACUUCUUGCCUCCGAAUUUCCCUGUCUCCAAGAAGGAGCUGAGUUCCAUGAGCUCAGAAGGGUUGUUGGCGUUUCCCUUGAAAGAAUAUUUCAAACAGUAUGAGGUAGGUCUGCAGAACCUGUGCAAUUCAUAUCAGACACGCGCCGACACUCGGGCCAAAGCUUGUGAAGAAAGUCUCCGCAACUCAGAGAGAAAGCUGAAGGAAACAGAGGAGAAACUGCAGAAGCUGAGGACUAACAUCGUGGCCCUUCUGCAGAAAGUGCAGGAGGACAUUGAUAUUAAUACAGAUGAUGAACUGGAUGCAUAUAUCGAGGACUUGAUCACAAAAGGAGAUUGAGCAGCCCCAAUACAAGUCCUAGAGAAGUGCAGAGGAGCUGGUUGCUGCGAUGAGAGAUGUGGAUUCCUGCAGUGGAGGACUGUGACAGCUGAAUGAGGAGAGAGGGGUUUUAGACAGUACUUACAUGCGUUGGUGUACAAAUUGUUCUUGUGGUUUCACAUGAAAGAGACGUUUGUGCUGUUGGCAGGAAAUUUUUUAUCAUUGUAGUUCUAUGAAUCUCCUCCUUUUGUUCAUAAAUAUUUAUUUUUAAAAGAAAUAGGGA